AGCCCUUAAUUUGGCUUUGCAAAGGAGGGGGCGGGCAGUUGGAGACUUGGCGUGCAAGAAACGCCGAACCAGGAGGACCAGGACAUGUUCUCCAGUGCUGUGGCGCGAGAUCGAUCUUCGGAGGAGAUGCACUUCCCCGAGCGAGAGAGCUCCCCGGAGGACCUCCGGCAGCAGCUCGUGGUGCAAAACACCUUCCUGGACCUCUCAGGCGGCGUGAGUGCCAUGGAACGGUUCACCCAGCUGCGGCGGGUGAGGUCUGACCCCACGCUGGCUGUUGAAAGCGAAGGCGAUGGCGAGACUGAGGAGGCUCCAGCUUCGGAAGUGCCUGAGAUCGUCGAGAGGCUAGCAAGCCUGGCAAGCGAAGAGCAGGAGGCGCAUGUACCAGAGCCGCGAGGGCGGACCACUGUGUGCCUGCGAAAUGUCCCGAACAACUACACGAGGCAGAUGUUUGUGGAGCUUUUGGAGAAGCAAGGGCUCUCCGGGCACUUCGACUUCCUCUACCUCCCCUGCGACUUUCAUCGCCACGCCAACCUGGGCUACGCCUUCAUCAACUUGGUGAACGAAGCCGGCGUCCUGAAGUUUUGGGACAUCUUCCACGGCUUCACGGCGUGGACCUUGCCCACGGCCAAGGUGGGGCAGGUGAGCUUCAGCGGGCCGCACCAGGGCCUGCGGGCACACAUCGACCGCUACAGGAACAGCCCGGUGAUGCACAAGAGCGUGCCGGAGGAGUACAAGCCGCUGCUCUUCAAGUCGGGGACUCCGCAGCCCUUCCCUCCCCCCACACGGAAAGUGAAGCGCCCCGCGCCGGCGAAGCGCCGCUGAGCGGUUUUUGAGGAUUGAGCUCCAGCCGCAUUGCCAAGUCUUGUACAGGGAGCCGAUCGGCGGCCCAGAGGCGGCUUCACGUGGGACCGGGCCACCCGCGCCCAGUUUUUCAAGAGCCUGCCUUGAUUGAGACGAAGCUUGCGGUGGGAUUGACAUUAGGAC